UUUAUGGCCAUGGCGGGAUCUCAGCAGAAUGCUGGCGCCGGGGGAGGAUCGUCGUCGCUCAUGGAUCUCAUCUCGGCGGAUCCAGUCGCGCCAUCCCCUGCUCCCUCCUCGGCGUCGUCGGGAUCGGGUGGAGGCUUCACUGCCGGGCGCAGAUCUUUCAAAAAGUCGAGCCUGCCCAAUCUAUUGCAGCUGCCCGGCGAUGGCUUGCUAUCGCCUAGCAAGAUUUUGCCGUCUCCAGUCAAGACAAUCGCUCCCAAGCAGAAGAAGCCAUUGUCAUAUUCCCAGCUCGCCAGGUCUCUGCACGAGCUUGCAGCGACGUCGGAUCAGAAAGCACCUCAAAGGCAGCUCGUCAAUCACGUCUUUCCCAAGCUCGCUGUGUAUAGCUCAGUGGAUCCGUCACUAGCGCCAUCUCUGAUCAUGCUCCACCAACAAGCUGAUGAUCGGCAAGUUUUGAGAUAUGUCUACUACUUCCUCUCACGAAUACUUGGGGAAGCUGAUUCGCACGGUGUCGUUCCUGGAGGCGGCAUUCCAACUCCCAAUUGGGAUGCUCUGGCAGACAUGAGUGUUGCGGGAGGUGUGACAAGAGCCGAUGUAGUUCCUCGUAUUAUUGAACUUCUGGCUGCCGAGGCGUCCACUCCUGAUCCUGCCGUUCACCCCCGGCGAAUUGCUGCAUUGAAGGCCUUGACUUGCGCUUCAACUAAUGAGGAUGUCGUGACAAAGUUGUACGAGAUUGUUUUUGGCAUUUUGGACAAGGUUGCAGAUGCAGGCAAAAUACGAAAGAAAAGGGGAAUGUUUGGUCGACAAACGUUGGAUAGAGAGUCUGCUUUACGAAGCAACUUACAAUAUGCCGCGCUGAGUGCUUUGCAAAAGCUUCCAAUAGACCAAGGGAAUCCCGCUUUCUUGCACCGUGCCGUACAAGGGAUAGCGUGUGCCGAUCCCGUGGGAGUGAGACAUGCCUUGGCAAUGGUCUCAGAAAUGGCGCCGAGGGAUCCUUACGGAGUCGCAAUGGCUGUCGCGAAGCUAUCACUUGCAGGAGGAUCAUUACAGGAGGUUUUGCAAAUUCAUGAUGUUAUGGCCCGUGUAUACCUCGCUCGACUUUGCUACGUACUUUCGAGAGCUCGCGUAUUAGAUGAAGUACCGGAUCUCAGAUCGCAGUUCACUACUAUAUUAUACCAGCUUCUUCUGGAUCCUAGUGAAAGAGUUUGCUUUGAAGCAAUCAGCUGCAUUUUGGGGAAAUUUAGUAACACUGAAAGUUCUGCAGAACGUGCAAAUGGAUGGACAGUUUUGGCAUCUGCAAUUUUGAGAUUUCCGGAUUCUUCUUUCAAUCCACUGAAAGACAAUUCUCCUAUUAAGGAUGGAGGUUCUCAGGAUGGACAACCUGCAAAGCUACCUAGAGAUCGAACCAUGCCAAGACCUCGAAGACCUCAAGCACUCAUCAAGCUGGUUAUGAGAAGGCUGGAAUCUGCCCUUCGGAGCCAUUCAAGACCCGUACUUCAUGCUGCUGCCAGGAUUAUCAUGGAAAUAGGAAGAAGUCGAGCGGCAGCCUUUACGCACGGUGUAUCCGUAAACGAAGACAGUUACCCCGAGAGCUUCAUUGAGAAUGGUUUAACUGAAGAUGUGGGAGAUGCUGAAGGUGGUCGGUCGAAAGUUUCAUCUCUUUCUUCUGCAAGAGAAACUAUAUCCAGCAUGUUGUCCUCGUUGAUGGAGGCUGUACGCACCACUGUCGCAUGUGAAUGCGUCUAUGUGCGUGCAGCUGCCAUCAAAGCCAUGAUCUGGAUGCAAAGACCUGACGAAUCCGUCGAGGAAUUAAAGUCUAUAAUAGCGGGCGAGCUCUCUGAUCCGUCAUGGCCUGCAUCGCUUUUGAGUGAUAUACUACUCACAUUGCAUGCUCGUUUCAAGGCCACACCUGACAUGGCAGUCAUCUUACUGGACAUUUCGCGGCUGUUCGCAACCAAAGUACCUGGUAAAAUUGAUGCGGACGUCUUGCAGCUUCUUUGGAAGACAUGUCUGGUUGGUUGUGGCCCAACUGGAAAGCACACCGCUUUGGAGGCUGUCACCAUUGUACUGGACCUUCCACCGCCCGCACCAGUGGUGAUGAAGUCCUCUUCCUUGCUGGACAGAAUAUCUGCAUUUGAUCCAAAGGCUGCAACAGCACUUCUGCGACUUGUUCAGGCUGCGGUGUGGUUUCUGGGUGAGAAUGCCAACUACGCUGCAGCAGAGUACGCAUGGGAAUCUAAAACACCUCCAGGAACAGCGUUGAUGAUGCUGGAUGGAGACAAAAUGGUGGCUGCUGCAAGCUCCAGAAAUCCUACCCUUGCCGGGGCUUUGACCCGCCUCCAAAGAUGUGCCUCAAGUGGCAGCUGGGAGGUGAGAAUCGUUGCCGCGCAAGCAUUGAUCACGAUCGCUAUAAGGUCGGGUGAGCCUUACAGGCUACAAAUCUACGAGUUUCUGGAUGCACUUGCUAAAGGACAUGCAUUGGACAAAUUUUCCGACUUGCACGUGAGCAACGGUGAAGACCAAGGCGCUAGUGGCACAGGUCUCAGCUCAAUACUCGCUCCAAUGCUUCGGGUGCUAGAUGAAAUGUACAAGGCUCAGGAUCAGCUUAUCAAGGAUAUGCGACAACAUGACAAUGCAAAGCAAGAAUGGAGCGAUGAUGAGCUACGGGUACUUUAUGAAACUCACGAGAGGUUACUAGAUCUAGUAUCUCUUUUUUGUUUUGUUCCUCGAUCAAAAUACUUGCCUCUUGGCCCCACAAGCGCGAAUUUGAUAGAUAUUUAUUGCAAAAGGCAUCACAUCGAUGUUGCUACUGGGUAUAAUGAUCCAGCUGUAGCGACAGGCAUUGCGGACUUGCUUCCCUACGCUGGAGCGCAACCCGAGUAUCCUCCAGUUCAAAUAGAAGAAGACAAACCAAAUGUUUCGGAUACUUUAUGGACUUCGAGUCCUCGGGCGGCAGAUCUGGUAAACGACUUUCUUGGUGGAAAGGGUACAGAUGCUCCCGAAGUGGAGGAGAAUCCGACUGCUCGACAGUCCAUCAGCUACGACGACAUGUGGGCGAAAACGCUGCUGGAGGCAUCGGACGAUGAGACUGUAGAUGAUCGUUCCUCUGGGUCUUCCUCCCCAGAGUCAACAGCAUCUUUCGAAACAUCUGCGUCGUCACGCUAUGGCAGUACCAGAUAUCCCUCUCUGUUCAACAAUCCCACAGCACCUGGGUUCGGCCAACAACAAAGAUGGGAGGAGCCAAGGCCUGAACCUUCUACACUAUCUUCACUCAACGAAGACGAACCUUCAAGAAGCGAGGAGGAAUCUUGGCAAUCUAGAUUUGGAAGGCAGGACAGUUUUUCGUCGGAGAAUCCCAGCCACGCAUCCCUUCAAGACGGGACUCAGUCCGGCAGAGCCUUAUACGACUUCACCGCGGGUGGUGACGAGGAGUUAAGUAUAGUCUCUGGCGAGGACCUGGAAAUCGAAUAUGAAGUGGACGGCUGGUAUCACGUACGAAAGAAGAAGCCUGGGCGAGAUGGCAAAAUCAGUGGACUGGUCCCAGUACUCUACAUUGGAUCGUGAUGAGGUGUAUGACAGUUUUCCCCAUUUGCUUGUAGUUUCUAUCGGGAAUUUUGCUAUCCCGUCCAGGGUCAUUUCGUCUUGUCAGUUUUCACAAACACUUAUCCGGAAUUGCGUUAUCACC